CAUCACCCAGCGAGAGAGUGAAUUCGCAUCUCGUUUCCGGUCUGGGUGAUUCACAAAGUAGAAGUCACUCGAAAGGGAUUAGCUAGCUUGCUAGCAGAGGAAAUCUCGUUUAGAUGUCGGAGUUUGAGCUGAAUGAGCAACUUUGAACUUUGAACACACCGAGCGAGUAACACAGAGCGAGCGAGCAGCUGAGCUUGAAACACACACACACACAGCUGUUGCCAUGGCAAUCCUGUUUGCUGUGGUGGCUCGUGGCACCACCAUCCUGGCAAAGCACGCGUGGUGUGGCGGCAACUUCCUCGAGGUGACCGAACAGAUUUUAGCCAAAAUCCCGUCAGAGAACAACAAACUGACCUACAGCCACGGCAGCUAUCUCUUUCAUUACAUCUGCCAUGACCGAAUCAUAUACCUGUGUAUCACUGAUGAUGACUUCGAGAGGUCACGUGCAUUCAGCUUCCUCAGUGAAGUCAAGAAGCGUUUCCAAACAACGUACGGGUCGCGGGCACAAACAGCCCUGCCUUACGCCAUGAACAGCGAGUUCUCCUCGACUCUGGCAGCUCAGAUGAAACACCACUCAGACCCACGAGGAUCAGAUCGUGUCACUGAGACUCAGAUGCAAGUGGAUGACCUGAAGGGCAUUAUGGUCCGCAACAUAGACUUGGUAGCUCAGAGGGGAGAGAAGCUGGAGCUGCUGAUUGACAAGACAGAAAAUCUGGUUGAUUCAUCAGUCACAUUUAAGACCACAAGUCGUAACCUGGCACGAGCCAUGUGUAUGAAGAACCUCAAGCUGACUAUUGUCAUUGUGCUGGUGUGCCUGGUGGUCCUUUACAUCAUCGUUUCUGCCGCCUGUGGAGGCCUCAGCUGGCCAUCUUGUGUCCAUAAAGAAUAGAGGAUAGCGGGGGGAUAAAUAAAGGACAAAAAGGAAGAGGAGGAGAAGCGCCCGUUCAACUCUGCCUGCAGUUGAUACAAAAGGAAACACAACUUUUACUUCCUUUUACACUUGUAGCUUCAACAUCCCCCCUGGAAGACACAUGCUGCUGCUCCUCCUGCCUCCUUCCUCGCCUCCCUCCCACCUCCCUCUCUCUCUUUAAUAGUGUGCACAUUGACUUGCCUUCAGGACAGGGAGUCCCACCUCAUACCCACACUAAUGGACAAGCAGCCAUGUGGCCUAAAACUGAUGUGGAAGAGUAAUCUUGUCUUAUACUAGUCAGUUCAUCUUGUCUUCACGCACUUAGUGGCCUGAUGUAUCAGUUUGUGAUACUGUCCUGCACCCAUCUAUGUAAUUAAUCCAUUCAGACUGACGCCUGGAAUGAACCUGCAAAGAUAGGAUUGCUUUGUUCUUGCUCUUCCUUUUGUUGUCAACAGAAACAUAUGGGACCUGCACGUGUAGGUAGUGUUUACAGUGUGUUGCAGAUCCACCAAGAAGGACUCCCACAGCAACGUGUGACUGUCUGUUAAUAUAACGGAAAGCUAAUUUGAUGCCAAACUGAUGCAGUAUACAGUGGCAUGCAUCUAAAGAGCCAUGUCGGUUGUGUGUGUCAUUGAACAGAUUUACUGAUUUCCUUCAUGUUUUAUCGCCAAGCACAGUAGUAUAUUCUAAAAAAAUAUAUGUUGUAAAAUGCCAGAUAUGAUCACACAAAUAAAUAUUGUAAAUAUGAUUGAUAUAACGGA